AUGAUGGCUGGCCAACGAAGAGAAUUAGAACGUAUGGAAACAGCAAAGAAAAGUAUGCAAUCAACUCAAAGUAAACUUAAAGAGAGAGAACAAGAAUUAGCUGAUGCAAAAAAACAAUUAUCAUCUUCGGGAAGUGGAGGAAAUAAAGGCAAUUUAGAGAUGGCAUUAGCAUCAGCUACACGUGAUCUAGCUGAAGUGAAAACACAUGAAGCUGAUCUGACAAAAGAACUAAAUGAUUUACGUAGCAAGUUGACAGAGUCAAAAUCAGCUCUUCAGGCGGAUAAUUCAAGAAAUCGUAUGUUGAAUGCUCUACUUGAAGCAAAACGUUCCGGAACAUUGACUGGAAUUCUUGGUAGACUUGGUGAUUUAGGUGCAAUUCCAUCACGUUAUGAUAUUGCAAUUUCAACAGCAUGUGGAGCUUUAGAUCAUAUUGUCACAGAUACCAUGGAUACAGCUCAAAAAGCGGUGAAUUUUCUGAAACAAAAUAAUCUAGGACAAACUACUUUUAUAGCUCUGGAUAAAAUGAAAAAAUGGGCGGAAAAAUCUUCAGUUCCAUUUAAUAUGCCUAAAGUAUCAUUUCAAGUGGAACGUUUAUACGAUUUAAUUCAAACAGUUGAUUCCAAUGUGAAACCAGCAUUUUAUUUCGCUUUAAGAGAUACUUUAGUAACAGAAAAUUUAAAUGCAGCUACAAAAGUUGCUUUUGGUCAACAACAACGUUAUCGCGUUGUUACUCUUCAGGGACAAGUUAUUGAAGUAUCUGGUGCAAUGUCAGGUGGUGGAGGUCGUCCACUUUCAGGUAGAAUAAUGGCAGAUAUUGUACAAGUGAAAAAACUUCAUGAAGCCAAUUAUAGUUGCGAAUCUAGACACAAACGACUAUCAACCGAUAGUUCCAAAGAAACAAGCGAUCUAUCUGCAUUAGAACGUCAAUUAACUCAAGGGGAUGCUGAACUUGGUCGUUUACGUGACACUCGAUCACGUUUGGAAGAAAUGAUUGUACGUAUGACUCGUCAACGUGAUGAAUCCGAGCGUACAAUUAAACGGUGUGAAAAUGAAUGUGUUCACUUACGUGUUGAAUUGAAAGCAUUAACAGAUGAAGUUAAACAAUCUGAAGAACGUGUCAAAUCAAUAGGACCAUCCGAUAUUGAACGUAAAAAAUUUGAAAAACAAUUAGAAAAACUUGAACAUUUAACACAACAAAAAUGUUCGAUUGCCGCGAAAAAACGUGAAGAAUUAGAAAUUUUAAAAAAUCAAUUAUUAAAUUUUGGUUCAGAUCGACUAGCUACUGUAAGAACUCGUCUUGAUAUUAUGGAAAAGAAAAUAAAAGAUACAAAUGAUGAAUUAACUAAAUUAGAAGUUAGUUUAAAAACGGUUACACGUAAUCAACAAAAAUCUAUGGAUAAAUUAAAAAAUAUGGAAAAUGAAGCAGAAUUAUUAAAAACAAAAUUAAUGAAUAUUGAUAAUAAAUUAAAACAAUUAGAAGAUGAUGCACGUGCUUGUAUGUUAGAUUAUCAAAAUAUUCAAAAUGAAGUUGAAGAAUUACAAAAACUUAAAGAAAAGUGUCAAACUGAAUUAACUGAAGCAGAAAAUGCUUUAGCAACGGUACAAAAGGCUGAAAAUUCAUCUCGUCGUUUAAUUACUCAAUUUGAAAGUGAAUUAACUCAAGCUACAACCAAUGCUCGUCAUUGGGAACGUGAACUUAGAGGUCUUCGAUUACAUCGUAUUGACGAUGAUGAUGAUGAAGAAGAAGAAGAAAAAGGAAAAGAGGGAUUAGAGGUUGUAAUAGGGGAGGAAAAUGUAACAGUAUCAUCAAUUUCUCAAGAUGUUUCUCAAUCGAUUGUUAGAGAUUCACCAGUUCAUUUGAAUGAUGAAAAAUCACCAACCUUACAACUGAAUGAACAACAACGAAUCAAUAGAAAAGCUGAUCGUGAAACUAAGAAUCUUCCGAAAUUCACAGAUGAGGAAUUGCAAAAUCUUCAUGCUGAUCUAAAUGAAAUGAAACACUUGGAAGAGCGUAUAACUGCAAUGGCACCUAAUAUGGCCUCUAUAGAAGAAUAUCGUCGUAAAGCAGAAAAUUAUUUAACACGUGUCAGUGAAUUAAAUCAUAUCACUAAUAUAUUAGGUGAACAACGUAAACAUAUGGAAGAUGCUAAAUCAAAAAGAUUAAGUGAAUUUCUCGAUGGUUUUCAUGCUAUUACAAAUAAAUUAAAAGAAAUGUAUCAAAUGAUUACACAAGGUGGAGAUGCAGAAUUAGAAUUAAUCGAUUCACUUGAUCCAUUCUCUGAAGGUAUUGUAUUUAGUGUACGUCCACCAAAGAAAUCUUGGAAAAAUAUUGCUAAUUUAUCUGGUGGUGAAAAAACUUUAUCUAGUUUAGCAUUAGUAUUUGCAUUACAUCAUUAUAAACCAACACCAUUAUAUGUAAUGGAUGAAAUUGAUGCAGCAUUAGAUUUUAAAAAUGUUUCAAUUGUUGGUAAUUAUCUUAAAGAACGUACAAAAAAUGCUCAAUUCAUUGUAAUUUCAUUAAGAAAUAAUAUGUUUGAAUUAUCGGAUAGAUUAGUUGGUAUAUAUAAAACAUAUAAUAUAACAAAAACAAUUACAUUAGAUCCUUCACCAUUAAUGGAACAUUUACGUAGUUUAGUUAUGCGUGUAGCUACUGCACAUGAGAUUGAUAAACGGAAAACAUUGUUUACAAAUCAGACUAAUGAUAAUAACACUGAGUCUGCUAUGGAAUGUUGA